AUGAACAAUCGGUUCGUUCGAGCUACUACAACGACAACGGUUACAAAGCAAAAGGCCAAGAAUCCUCUGAAUCAAGCAGGUCUUGACAAACUGCAGGAAGUCUAUGACAAAGCAUCCUCCAAUCCCAACUCCAACUAUGUUUUUACGGUACGCCGGGCCAUGAAAUCGCUGCAAAGCUGUCCUACCGCCAUUACGACUCAAAAGGAAGCCUGUCAACUGAAAUAUGUGGGGCCAGCCGUUGCCAAGGUGAUUUGUCCCACCUUUCUUCCCAGUCCUACUUCCUCCACAAACAACUACAAUAACAACACAAACAACAAUGACAGCAACACCCAACAACCGUCUCGCAAACGAUCCCGCAAGACGGCAGCAAGUUCUACAGUCGAACAAGGCCCCAGCAAGAAAGAAAAAGUUUACAAACAAGAGCGAUUGGCUGCAGAAUCCUUGGAUUUGAGCAAUUGUGGUCCUUGGAAGGUCAUUCUCAUUAUCGAUGGACGAGAGCACAAAUCCCAACACGUCGUGUCCAAAUGCAAACAAUCGGGGAUUCCUUGUGAAGAACGUAACUUGCCCAUUGGAGACAUGGCCUGGAUUGCACAAGCCCAAGACAAGAUCUCGGGACGAACGACUGAAGUCUUGUGUGGGACCAUUGUGGAACGCAAGGAAUCCAGCGAUUUGGUGGGGAGUUUGUUUGGGUCUCGUUAUCUGGAACAGCGAAUGCGCCUCAAGUCGUGUGGAGUCCCACAACUUUUGUUUCUAGUGGAAGGAAACUUGGCGUCCAACAUUAAUUGUCCACAAGAGACUUUGGAAAUGGCCAUUAUGGAGACGAGAUGUUUGGGAUUUCAUGUCAUUCAGACGGAAAACUUGAUGGAUACGGUUCGCAAGCUCAAGGGAUUGCACCGACGAGUCUUGCAGCGUACUUUUCCAGAAGCCUUUUCCCAGUUGCCUACUUAUACAAGAUCACCAACAGGAACCUUUGGGUUGCAUCGCAAGCGUCGACCAACCUCACUGCUUGAAAUGACCUUUGAUACGACACCCAAGCCAGCAUUGGGUGCCAAACGUUUCAUUACAUAUACAGAACUCAAAGCCAAAGUGGAAUUGGACCGAGAAGCUGGGACUCGUACGGUGGGAGCCAUCUACAUGGCAAUGUUAAAACAAAUAUCCACGCUAUCCCACAAAAAGUGCGAGGCUCUUGCCAAGAUAUAUCCAACCAUGAAUGCACUAAUGACAGCAUAUGCUACUUCAGACAAUCCUGCCAAAAUGAUCCAAGAUAUUUCAUUGGGCACUCAAAAGAUGGGACCAAAAUCUUCAGAAGCAGUCUAUACAGCUAUCUGUACCCAACGGGAUGGCACUCGUCCGAAUGGACCUACCAUGGAAUUUGAGGAUAUUCCCGUGGCCAAGAAGAGUCCGACAAGUGUCGGCCCUCCUGCAGCAGCGAAUACGUAUACCGGUGCAUUGGAUUCCUUUUUUGCUCCCAAGGCACCAUCUCCACCCAAAGCAAAAACUGCUUCAAUGACCGUUCCUGGUUCUGCUGCUCUUGCUGCAUUGAAGAAACCUGCCAGCCAAAGUUAUUCUCCGCCAUCCCCUGAUCGCAAACCGGCUCCAUCCGUACUAUGCGUCGACCUUACGGACGACACGCCUCCGAGACCAUCAUUCGCCAAGAAGCCUUCCUACUUGACGGAUCCACCACCUUCGACUGGGUCUAGUGCUGGCUACAACAAAUCAAGCACUGCUGCUCUCAAAGGUAGCAUCGACAGCCAAAAAGCCACUCCGAAAGCUGCUCCCAAGACAGCAGUCCAGCUGAAUUUUUCCAGUCCACUCUUUUCAUCUCCUGAUGAUGAUGAUUCCUUGCUCCAUUCUGCGCCAUUUGCCAAACGUCCCAAGACCAGCACAUUGGACGUGGCUUUGGCAAGGUCUGUGAGCUCCACUCCAUCCCCUGCGGCAUCCAGUACCGCAUCGAAUUCAUCCACCACAAAGAAGAAAGCUCCAGCAGUGGCUGCCAAAGCGAUCAGUUCUCCGUCAAUUGUGGUCAUGAUUGAUAGUAGUGAUGAAGAGGAUGACGACGAGUUACUGAUGAAAAAACCAUUGCAAUCAAAGGCAAAUGCACCAUCAACAGUAGCCGCAAAAGCUGCAGAAGCAGCAGCUGCUGCAACGUAUUCCAUUCCUUCAAGUUCUCCCAACACAAUCCGUCGAGUUUCGGAUGGAUCCUCCAUUUCGACUGCAUCUUCCUCCACAACAACAGGAGCAAGGGAAGUGCAGCAGUCCAAAAAGCCAACAGCUACGUUUGACCAAACGACUGCCAAUGUCACAAUGCGAAGGACCAACAAGAAUUCCAACCCACCAAAUCGCUGGCAGGAUGCCUUGGAUAGUGACUACAGUGAUGACGAGGAUGAUCUUGGGAUCUCGUUGGACCUUCGUAGUCGACUGGCCAAACGAUCGAACACAGAAACCAUUGUCAUUGAUUGA